AUGCACGAAGAAGAAAACCGGAGACCGUUACUAUCGCGUUCUCUGCCUGGUGAACAUACUGUCCCAAAUAGUCUACCAGCUUCUUUAUCUACCACAACAAAUAUUAAUUUAGCAGUUCAACCUCAACAACAAAGACAAGCUAAUACAUCUAAUACAAAUACCUUCUCAAAUAUUUCUUCGUCAUCGCCAAGAACUCGUAGAAGUCUUUCUACCUCCAAUUCAAGUCAAAGUUUACUCAAGAAGUCUCUUUCAAUAAAACCUCGUGCUCAAUCAAAUCUUUACCCAGCUGCUACAAAUUCUCCUACUACUAAUAAUAACAGUAGUAGUAGUAACUCACCUUUAUACUCUCCCUCAACGCCUACUACUACUACCACUGAAAGUGAUACAAGUAAUAGGUCUUCUUUUGAAGACUUUGAUUAUUCUUCGCCUGGAACUGGUUCAAUCUCUAGUAGUAGCUCUUUAAACUCUCCUCUCUUUGCUUCAUCCACUUCUGAUUCUUCAACAACAAAUUUCCCUUUUUAUACGAGGGAAAGGCAUCAAUCUUUAGUAGUUUUUUCUGGAAGAUCAAGUAAUAUAACUACUUCUUUACAAGGAAAUCAAGUUUUCCCUCAACCAACAACUACCACCUCAGCACCAACAAAUUCGACAAUAGGUUAUACAUGUAAUCAACUCAAUUCAAACUCUUCCUCAGCUUUACAGCCACAAUUUUCUUCUCCGCAGUCUCUUUUCUAUUCUCACCACCCCCAACAACAACUUUUUCCAAUUUCGUCAGGUUUAGGAUCUGCUGGUGGUUGUGAUGAUGAUGUAUCUACUACUACUUCUACUUCAUUAUGUCAACAAAAAACAACUAAACCCAUGCAGCGUCGUCCCAGCGGUGCUAGUUCACAACUCAAACGUUUGUUGAAUUUGAAAUCCGAAAAUUAUCCUUCAAAUCCUAAUUCAUUAUAUUCAGAUUCUGAAACUGAUUCGAUAGAAACCGACUCUGAUGCUUAUGUUACAAAUGAUGAACAAUCUUCUCUUGUUUUAUCUUCUUCAAUGAAAAGAAGGCCUUCUUUUCAAAGAUCUCCUACUCACAGAUUUUUUCCUGACUUAUCUGUUGAUGCUGAAGAAAAUCAUUUAAGUAAUUUACAUAUUAUUGAUGAAGGUUCUCCCGAAUUCACUUUUCCUAAAGUGAAACGAAAACUAUUAAAAGAUCUUGAAGAAACAAAAUGUCGUGCUGAUAAAAGUAUUAUGCAAAUCUUGGAAACUUGGUAUCAAUCUUAUCAGUAUCAAGAAUUAUUAAGUGAACUCUUUUAUGAUGGUUGGAGUGAUGAUGAUGACAAGCAAUCUUCUCCUAUAGCUGUUCGUAGAAGUAACUCUCAAAGAACUUUAAGUAAAUCUGCUACAUCUUUACCAUCAAAUCAUAAAAAGUUACUAACUCCAUCAAUAUCACCAACAACAUAUGCGCAAUAUAAUAAUAACAAUAAACAAAUUACUCAUAAAAUGGAAUCAAUAUCUUUACAUGGUGAUACUAAACCUAAAGAUAUUAUUUUUCAAAGAAAAGCGUCCGAAAGAAGAUUAAUUCAUUCUAAUAGUUGGCCUCAAUCUAUUUUGGCUUCAUCACAUACGCUCUUAUUGACUCGAAUUGAUCGAAUAGCCCGUCGCAUUUUAAAGACGGUAGUUCAUGAUUUAUUGAAUUUCAAUGUUGCGGUAGAAAUCAUGAAGGAAUUACAGGAACUUAUGAAAGCACAAAGAAAUAUGGCUGUAGGUAAUGCAGAUGCUGAAGAGCUUUUGACAAAGUUAGUUUAUGUCUUUGCAGAUGUAACGAGAGCUGUAGAAGCAGUGAAUCAUUCAUUUACCGAAACAAAUCCAGAAUUAUCUGGAGACGGCGGUAAUAAAGAUGAUAUGCCAACUACAGAGAAAAGAAAAUCUUUGACAAGCGGUGAAAUGGAUAGUAAGCUUAAUUCACUAUUACCGCCGCAGCCUGCGUUUAGUUCACCACUUGCGCGUCAUGUGUCUACUCCAAUUAAAACACAACAUUCAUCAUUCAAAGUUUCACUUGAACAAAGACGUGCAUCAGCAAACGAAGCCAUAUUUGAAAGCCCUAUAAUGUAUGUACCUCCACCACGUCCAUGCAUGGACGAUAAUCUAUUAACUUGGAGCAGUUUAACCAGAAAGCAAGUUGAUCAGUUACUUCAUGAGGAGAUGAAUAGAGAAAUUGAUUUUGGUAUUAUACUUAAAAAACAACAAGAAGAUAUUGACCCUGAAUCAAGGAAGAAGGCCAAAAAGUCGAGACCAGUCAUGAACUUUUUAAAGUCUUUGAAGAAUGCAUUUCAUAGUCCGACAUCAUCAACUAGUGUGUCACCUACAGGAUCUCCGACUAGAUCAAUGGUUCAACCCAGUCCAAUGCGUAAUACACAUUUACCUAAACCACCACAGCCAGAAAAAUCUAGAUCGCUCUCUUUCGAUUCGCAAGCAUUUACAUUAUCACGACGUAGUUCUUCAAUGUCGCUGAGAGAAAUGAUACCAAGCCAUGAAUUGGAUGCACAUUCCGAAAUUUGCGUUAUCACCACCGAUUAUGCAAUUAAAUUGCAAGAAUGUGAUGGUAGAUUACGUAGGUUAGUGAGUGAUGUAGCUAAAAGAAAGGCCGAGAUACUGGAACGAAAUACGCUUUAUCAAGAUUAUUACAGUGUAAAAGAUGCUGAAAUGAUGGAGGAAAUUGAAACGAUGAAUCGUCGUGAAGCUCUUCGUAAAAGCGACAAAUAUGCGAAUAAAUUGGGAAGAGUAGUCGAUGAUAUGGAGAAAAACUCUGCCAGAGAUGAAAAUUCUGCCAGAGAUGAUUACAUUUUGACUUCUGGCAAGAGAUUGCUUCAUGUGGUUCAAGAGAAACAUGAUACACUUCGCUCUUAUUAUCAAAAAUUGCGUUCAACAAAUGCAUUGUCAAAUGCAGGAACAACAUCCGCUAUUGCUGCAGCUGCAGCCGCAGCUGCCGUAGCUGCUACUACGGGAAUUGAAAGAGAAGGUUUACGUAUACCAGCAAAAGUUAAUAGGAAACAAUCGGUGUCAAGCCGCUUAUCAACGUCAGCUACUUAUAAAAUGUCUACAAGUUAUAAAUCAAGAUCCGAUAGGAAUCGUAAUAAUAGUGGUCAUAAAGAUGGUAGUUCUGCAUCGUCUCAUAAACGACAAGAUAGUAACGGUUCGGUAUCCUACGGUAAAAUGCAUCUUGAAAUUGAUUCAGAUUUUACACCACCAGCACCAAAAGGUGGUAAAAAAUUGAUAUCACUUUUUGCAGCAGUAUUACGCGGAGGAAACAAUCGUAGUACUAGUAAUUCAUCACUCAAUAAAGACGGUAUAGCACCUAGUACUCCGGUCACAAAUGGAGAAAAAAUAGGAUCAAAGACUAAAAUACCAAGUAUACAAGAUUUUGAAAUCAUUAAACCAAUCAGUAGAGGUGCAUUUGGUAAAGUUUAUUUGGCAAGAAAAAAAACCACAGGAGAUCUUUAUGCUAUAAAAAUCUUGAAAAAAGUAGACAUGGUACGUAAAAACAUGGUAAAUCAUGUAUUGGCAGAACGUCGAGUACUUAGUUUAUCAAGGACUCCGUUUGUUGUAAAACUCUAUUAUGCAUUUCAAAGUCAAGAUUAUUUAUACUUGGUUAUGGAAUAUCUAAUUGGUGGUGAUUUGUCAUCAUUACUUCAAUGUUUUGAAAAAUUUGGAGAAGAAAUGGCAAGGAUGUAUACCGCGGAAGUUGUAUUGGCUCUUGAAUAUUUACAUAAUAACGGAAUUACACAUAGGGACUUAAAACCUGAUAAUAUGCUUAUUACAUCAGAAGGACAUAUAAAAUUAACAGAUUUUGGAUUAUCAAGAAUAUCUAUACCCGAAAAGAGUUCCUUAGCAUUUGUUAAAGAAGAAAAUGAAUCGCCAAAUGGUAAAAAAUCAUUUGCAAAAAGUUUAAGGUCAGGUAGUGUAGAUUCAAGAGCAAGCACGUCUCAUACACGACCAGUUUCUGCAGUAUUUCCUAAUGAAAUUUCGAAGAAAGGAGGGCAUGUGAAUUUUCAAGGAUUGGAUAAUAGUAAAUAUUCAUCAAAAUCAUUAUCAAGUAAUACGGCAACAAACAGCACAUCAUCAAAAUCAGCUAAACGGCAAAACAGACAAAGUUCUAAAGCAUUGUUGGGAACGCCAGAUUAUCUUGCACCAGAAUUAUUACUUGGUAUUGGACAUACGACAGCCGUUGAUUGGUGGUCAUUAGGAGUAUGUUUAUUUGAAUUUUUAAUAGGAUAUCCACCAUUUAAUGAUGAUACACCACAAGCAAUAUUUAGAAAUAUAUUAAAUCAUGAUAUACAAUGGCCACCGGAAGGAUAUUUAUCAGCAGAAGCAAAGGACUUAAUAACAAAAUUAUUAAAUCAAGAUCCCGAGAAAAGGCCUUCUGUAUCAGAAAUUAAAUCUCAUACAUUUUUUAAAGAUAUUGAUUGGGAACAUAUAAGGCAACAACCUGCACCCUUUGUGCCAAAUCCUGAAGAUGAACAAGACACAAGUUAUUUUGAAGCACGGAAUAAUCGAGCUGAUAUUAGAAGAUUGUCAGCUGGUAACAUAGUUGAUAUCGCUACCGGUAAAGUGACAACGCCAGGAGAUCGUAAAUCUGGACAUUUUGACGAUGAUAUUGAAAUAAUAAACAGUGGUGGUGGUCCUAACAUAAGUGGUAAUAAUAACAAUGUUGCCAAUAAUACAGGAACACCUAAUUUACUAUUACAUACUGUCACCGCAGAACCGAUUGAAAAUGUGUCAUUAAGUUCACCUGUUUCACCUUCGAAAAAUAAACCCGAUUUAACUAUCAAUACACAUAUUCGUGAGAGACGUCCUUCAUCUUUAAAACCACCAAUUCCCGUAGAAGAAGUGCAACAAGUACCUGUUAAACCGCAACAAAAACGUAGACCCUCUUUAUUAAAGUUAGCAGGAAAAUCAAGGAAGCCUUCGAUUAGUGGUAUACAUGAUGGAGGAUUAUUAACUUCGUCGUCAUCAUCAUCCAUAACGUCUGCCACGUUAAAUACAAUACCAAUAUCAGCUUCAACAUUGGUUUCACCGUCAUUUAAUCCUUCAAGACGUUCAACACUUGUUGGAUCACCAACAUUAUAUGAAAUUGAGCCAAAUGCUGGAAUGCAUGAUACCGAAAUAUUUUGUAGUCAACCAAGAAAUAAUCGAAGUGGUGAUUCUUCGGAAUUUGAUGCGUUUCUUUAUAAAGGUGUUUCGUUUUUAGGCGAUGUUAAUCGAGAUUUGUCUUCUGGUACUAGUAAUACUACAAGUGGAAGUAGUUCUAUGAAAAAAUCCUCCAUGACUGAUCUUAAAGCUAAAUAA